CAAAAGCCGACGAACCUCGUGGUAGGGAACUGGAACCACAGUUGUUCUAAUCUCUUUCGAUUGGCAUAUCGCGAGUUCGACCGCAGUAGUAGUACGCUCGAUGACAGCGUGGACGUGCGACGUUGUCUCUUCUCAGCCACCACCUUCUCUUCCGCCGACUUCCGUCUCCUCUCUUGUUUUCACCCUUCUACCCCCUCGCGAUCCUUCGAUACGCCGGAAACCUUUGGUAAAUCGCGCACGGUUCUCGAACGGGCCGUACGUUCGUCGCAACAUUGCAGAAGUAUGGACGCCUUCCGUUAGUCGGUGUUUCAUUAUCUACCUGAUGGACGAGCAUUGUUUCUCUCUUCGAUUGAUCUGUGCUUUCGGACGAUUUAGCUGAGCCUCCCGGUUAGCAUGGACAUCGACUCGAACACGCAGCGGAACGUUUGUGUCCAGUGAAUUAACGUGGAUCGUCUGCGCAGGACGGCCAGGAAAAUUGCUUCCUCGUGUUCCCGAAAGAUCUCGUAAGCGAUACCUGCCGAAUUAAUGUUAGAAAAUUGGCGAGCGUCGAGUCCUGGAGAAGAAGCUUCGCUCGGAUUCUACGAGUUUCCACCUACGAAGCGCAGCGAAUUCUUUUUUUCUCGAAACAAUUUUUCGCAACGUUUUUGUGGAUGCAAGGCACUCGUUCACCAGACAAUGGAAAUGAGCCCGGGCUAUUUUGUCGGGGCAUUUGUGCUGUUUAUCCUGAUGCUCUCAACCACCCAAGCUUUCCCACGCAAUAAGGAAGGUUCCUCGAAUAGAAACAACUCGACCGACGAAUCGGAUUCCAAAGAGCUCCAGUGCUUUUUCGUAGACAAUAAACUACCGAUUUGCGGUUCAAGACGAUGGUCGAAUUCGAAUGGAAAUCCUGCGAACGAUACAACAAAAACCGUCUUCGAAUCACUCGUUGACAAAAUCAGCGUGCCGCAGAAGAAAGAUAUCGUCGAGAUAACAGCGGACACGCGUAUCGUGGUCCACGCGUUCAAAGAUUGCCUUCUCAUGGAGCCUGAUAGAUUGCGCUUCUUGAUGCCGUUCUGUGAGGAUGUUAUUCAACUUCAUGACUUCGAUCGAAUCGUCCGUGUAGAGCUAUUUGAACCGUUCGUUAUAGAGGACUUGAUAGAGCCGCCAUAUAUAUUUCCUGAUCGACCAAAGCGUUCCAAGGCAAACAGGAGGCGUCGCAUCCCGAUAGGAAAGGAUCAGGACCGCGCGAACGAUCCCGCGAAACCGUCCAAGGAAACGACGCCGAUCGUCGCCGGCACGACCGAGUCGUCCUCGAACACGCUCGUUCCCCGCAGCCGGACGAAACCCGCGGAAACAAUGGACACCGACGGCCAAAUAAUCGUGGCAUCCUCGUCCGAGUGGAAAUCGUCGCCCGCCUCGGCGACCGCCGAAUACACGAUCUGCAAGACAGGCGUCCAGGAUAGGUGUAAAGCGGAAUCGCGGGGUGGAAGGCCGCGCGGUUUCGACCGGAAGUUUUUCGACAGUCUGGAUCGCCGCUGGAAGAUGAUCGUCGUGGACAGGAGGAGGCGGAUCCUGCAGGAAGUAAAGAGCCCGCCCGCGAGCCCGGCAAUUCCGACAACUCCGAGCCCGUCGAAUCUGCCGACGUUGACCGGAGAGUUCGUCUUAAGGAGCUCGGCUAACGAGCUGGCUAGUCGCGGCGAUUCCAACGAUUUUUUUGAGUCCGUCGCGCAAGGGGAGGAGAAUAUCGAUGGGAUCGCGAGAGAGCCGAACGAGCCGCUGGCUUUGCCGGAAGUAAUCGCGAAGAAGCCGAAGAGGAAAAGGAAGACCGAAGUAACCGGUCAUUAGAUAUUUCACAAGGUCACCGAUGGACAAUUUUCGUUUGUUCGUUACAGCGCCGCGCUGGGAGAGACCGUUUUCUCCAACGAUUUGCGAACGCGAUAUCGAUUCCGAUUGAGACGCACGUCGAGAUAAAUGCCUCUGUCACAAAA